UUUUAUGAUGAAAAGAUAUCUUCAAGCAUGGCUGUACGAUUACACGUUAACAAUGAUUUAUGCGAAGAAAAGGAAUCUGUUAUACAUUUAAUGCCGUGUAAAAUACAUGGCGAUGGACCAGCCAAUGUUUCAUCGUUUUUUCAACCGUUUAUACGCAAAAUAGAUAAUGAAAAUUAUAACAUUUCAUUCCGUGGCUAUCCACUUCAAGGAAAAAAAAUCAAGAUUCCUAGUGAUUAUAAAGGUAUAAUCUUUUUUGAGCAUAAGAAACCAGAUGCUGAAAAUAUGCAACGUAACUUAUAUUCGAACAAGAUCUUCUCAGAAUUUACAUAUUGGAAUUAUGACAAAAUGCCAUCUAAAAAUGAUGCCUUAGCAGCAGCAUUAGAUUGGAUCGACAUUGCAGAGGCACUUCAUGGUACAGAUAUAUAGCAGAACUUUUUAACAAAUAAACUAAUUUUAUGGAAAUGUUAAAUACACUUAUUAAAUUUUUACUUUUGAUAUAAAAAUAUAAAAUAAAGAGAUUCUCGAAACUGAA